ACUUCAGGGCCAUGUUUACAAGUGACAUGGCAGAAAGUCGUCAGAAGACCGUUGUUUUACAGGGUUUGGAUUCAGGCGUCUUUGAGGAGAUUCUGAGUUACAUCUACUCGGGAUCCCUCCAUGUGUCCCUGGACAAAGUGCAGCCCCUGUACCAGGCAGCCGACCUCCUCCAACUGGACUAUGUGAGAGACACCUGCAGCAGCUACAUGGCCAUGAAUGUGGAGCGCUCCACCUGUGUGGACCUGUACCAGUUUGCUGAUGUCUUCUAUGUGGACAAGGUCCAGAAAGCUUGUCUGCAGUUGAUCCAUAGACACUUUGUUGAGCUUGCCUCCAGCGAUGAGUUUUGCAGCCUGAGUGUGAACCAACUGACUGAGAUCAUCAGCCACGAUGAGCUGGAUGUUAAAGAGGAGACAACAGUGUGGGAGGCUGUGGUGAGAUGGGUGCAGCACAGCAGGGAGGACAGACUGCACCACCUACCCAGCAUCCUCCCUCACAUCCGCUUCAACCUGCUGACCUCAGAUGACAUGGCAGCCAUCUUGGAUCACCCCCUGGUCAGGGAGGAUCCUGGGGGUUCUGAGGUCAUCAGGAAUGUGGUACAGAAAGGGAACCCCAGACUGAAGCCAAGGCUUGGGAUGACCACAGAAAUGGCUCUGCUACUCAACACAGAUGAGGAGUUAGACGGUUUCCUCUUCAUGAACCCUCAAGAAGGGAAGUACAUCAGCUGCGGUUACGGUACUAACUUCCCUCCGCGUAUUUCAACUAUGACAGUCACAAGUGAUAAUGAUAUCUACAUCAUAAGCACUGACGACACAUUAUGGUAUGAGAAUAAGCUAUCCCUGUUCAAGUACAACCAUGGAGAAAACACUUGGGAAAAUGCAGGCAUGGCCUCGUUGUCUGUGUUGAUACGACCAGGAGACGAUUUGAGGAUCUACGAAGAGCAUCUCGUUGAAGUUGAUCGAGUUUUAUAUUACAUUGUUGCUGAUCAAGUAGUAAGCAGUUCUUUGAUGCGGAUGAGCAAGUAUAACCAGUCCCUGGACCAGUGGCAGGAGUGUUCACAACUGCAACUUGACAGACCUGUAGAUGACAGUACAGCAGUGUCUUGUGGUUCACGCCUCUACUUCCUCACCAUCACAGAGGUGCAUCGCUACGACCCGAGCCAGAAUCUUUGGUGUAAGCGGACCCCACCGUGGGACAUUCAUGAAGUCAGUACAGCCGUUGCCAUGGGAACAGAGAUCUUCUGCACAGAUUUUUACUUAACUCAGACCAUGGUGUACAGCACAGAGUCAGACUGCUGGCAGAAACUGCAAGGCUGGCCGAAACCACAAAACACUUAUAUUGAAUAUGUUCCCAAGCUAUUUGUACUGGAGAACCAGUUGCACAUAUUGAUAACAUGUACUAGUGACUCCCAGGAAGGAUUCAUAUAUUUUGUAUGUGUGUAUGACAGGUCUUCUGAUGCCUGGACAGACUUGAAGGCCACUUUGCCUAAUAUGAGCUAUUUUGCGCAUGGUUGUCAUUGCCCCGUGGCACGUAUAUACCUGCCAUACCUUAAGGGGGCAUAAAAGCACAUAUCGUUACAUGCUGCGUUUUUAAGCAUUGAUGUACAUGAUAAGGAUCCAUAGAGUACAGCCAGCAGGACUCUAUGACACUUACCUUUAGAUCUUUGUUUGGCUUUUAGGAAUAUCCUUACAAUGGGAGAAACAUUUCAUAUGGAAUUGAACGUAGCAAUUUGAUAGAAACAUUGAUUCUAUGUAAUUUCUCUUUAUGUGUUUUUUUUUUGUCAUGUAAUGUUAGUCUGGUAAUGUUAGUCUGGUAAUGUUAGCCUGACUAAGUUGCACUUAUAGCAGCCGUCCACUGGUCAGACCCUUCAGGAAAGGAUUCCAUAGAGCUUAGGGCUUUUGCUGAAGAGGCAAAUUGCAAAGUUAUGCAUGUUCAUGAAGAGUACACCAGUGUCUGAAUGUGAACCAAAUCUAACAUGUCUUUCAUGAGAUUGGGAGCUACCAGUACUACUAUUCUCACCAGUUUACGUUCUCAUUUAACGUUACAAUGUUUAUCUUUUUCUAUUAUUUUCAAAACAAUAAAUAUCUACUGAUAUAUCCAAA